GCGGAUUCCGUCAUCACUCCGAGACCGGCUGUAGAAGGACCGCGGAGCGUCCACGUGGUCGGCCGGUCGUGCGGAGCAGCGGCGGCGAUGAGCUCUCAGAUCACCUGCGUCGGCUGGGUGGGCCGGGGGGUCUCCAGAGAAACGCCGGACAAGGUGGAGCUGAGCAAAGAAGAGCUGCAGCGCAUCGUAGCCGAGGCAAAGGAUGAGUUACGGGAAAGUGAUGAGGAUGAGGAGGGAAUGGCGAACAAGCCGGACGAGGCGACUGAAGAAGCACCUGCAGAAGUGAAAGAUGACGAUGAAGCAGAGCAAAAGGAAGACGAUGAACUUGCUAAGUAUGACCUGGACAAGUAUGAUGAGCAGGAAAUAGCGACGGCCAACCUCGGGGACAGUUUGGCCGGUUUGACGGUGUUCGGCACUAAUGAAGAAGACCCUUAUAUCACCAUUAAAGACACAGAACAGUAUGAAAGGGAAGAUUUCCAGAUUAAACCUACAGACAACCUCAUUCUGGCAGGCAGGGCAGAGAAGGACUGCUGCAACCUGGAGGUUUACGUAUAUAACUCUGAAGAGGACUCUCUGUACGUCCACCACGACAUCCUCCUCCCUGCUUACCCGCUGAGCAUAGAGUGGCUGAACUUUGACCCCAGCCCUGAAGAAGGCACAGGGAAUUAUGCAGCCGUGGGGAACAUGACUCCCAUUAUUGACGUGUGGGACCUAGACGUGGUGGACUGCCUAGAGCCUGUGUUUUCACUGGGCAGCAAGAAAACCAAGAAGACCAAGAAAAGCAAGAAGAGUGCUGAGCAAGUCGAGGGGCACACAGACGCUGUGUUGGAUCUGUCGUGGAAUAAGUUGGUCAGGAAUGUGUUGGGCAGUGCUUCAGCUGAUGAAACUGUGGUUCUUUGGGAUUUAGUGCAAGGCAAACCAGCAACGACAUUAAGACUGCACACAGAUAAGGUUCAAACUCUAAAGUUCCACCCAUUUGAAGCCCAGACACUGGUCACUGGAUCUUACGAUAAGUCCGCUAUCCUGUACGACUGUCGGAGUCCAGAGUCCAGCCAUCGUAUCUGGCGGUUCAGUGGUCAGGUGGAGCGUCUGGUGUGGAAUCACUUCUCUCCCUGCAACUUCCUCGCAAGUACAGAGGACGGCUUCAUUUACUGUCUGGACGCCCGGUCAGACAAGCUGGUGUUUACGCUGAGAGCACACGACGGAGAAGUGUCAGGUAUGGACCUGAGCAGUCAGGUCAGCGGCUGUCUGGUCACGUCCUCGGCUGACAAACACGUGAAGAUCUGGGACAUCCUGGGCAACAAGCCCAGCCUGAUUCACUCCAGAGAUAUGAAAAUGGGCGUGAUGUUCUGUGCGGCCUGCUGCCCCGACCUGCCGUUCGUGUAUGCGUUUGGAGGACAGAAGGACGGACUGCGUGUGUGGGACAUUAGUGAUGUAGCUGCUGUUUCAGAGGUUUUCGGCAGUAGAGAGCGCCUGGUGGCUAACACGGUGUCGGGGACUUCCAGCAGUAGUACAGCAGCCAUGGAGGUCUCAUAACUGCUUACAAUUCCCUAAUUCAUUUGUGUAUUUGACUCAAAUACAUCCAGUGGAACAGACAGACUCUUGUCAUCAGACAUAUUCCAGGUCCCAUUUCAGACGCUGUCGGGAAUGAUUUUCUCCUUCAAUGUUUGUGGAACGAGAAAGGACCAGAAGGCCUUAAUGACGGGUUUUUUUUUGUGAGCACAGCUUCUCCAAUUCAGUUCUUUAUGGUUGUUUAUCUAAGAAACUUGACUAUAAUCACUUAAACUUCUGCUUUUACAUAAGCAGAUAAACAUAAGGGAGUUGUUAGGAAUUAAACUUUUUCUAUGAAAAUGGGAAUCGUGGAGUUCAGGUAAAUGAGUGGUGGCCCAAAGCAAGCUAAAUUGGGUUUGAAGUCAGUCCAAACCAGUGCAGUUUUAUCACUGUAUUGCUUUGCUUUCUGAUUGAUAGUAAAGGUGAGUCUAAUUCCAGCUA